UACCCAAAGCAGCAAAGCUAUCACUUACAAAUGUAUAUUAUCACAAUCUCAAGCAAUAUGGCUGAAACAUUUUCCUUUCACAAAAAAGCAAAAUGCAAGUGAGAGUGCCUUCCAGAUGACUACUCCUUAGCUAAUGAGAGAUCAAAAUACAAAAACAAGAUUUGGAGAAACAACACGGGAGAACCCAGUUAGAAUCCACUUCAUAUUUUAUUACCAGCAACACCAGCCUCAAAUUUACGGACUGAAACAGACAAUUCAGCGCAAUUGUACCAUAGCAAGUAACGUUAAUCUGGUUCGAGUAAAAACGGAAAGAAUUAUUAAAACUGGAAUUAAAAUGAAAGGAACCAUUUAAAAACCCACAAAUCUGAAAACAUAGUCUUGGUCGCACCCCUGCUUAAACUAUCGGGCUAUCCACGUACGCAUACGGCCUUUCCGCUUUAACGCAGGAAAAAACACAGCACAGCGACACGAAACUCGAACCCAGCAGCCGUCUCCAUUUUAAUUCCAAGCCCGUUUGUACCUCACGUGUUCUGGACUGUCUUUCUCACAUGACCGGUGUGUUUGUCCCCGUGAUCAACACUUCCAUCUCCAUCUGUCUGUGUCCCUGAAUAUCACGUUUUAAUUUUUAACCCCCAUGGAUAUGCUAGAACAGGGUUUGGACACCACUACGAGUCACGAGAAACAGGAAACGGGGGAAGCUCUGCAGGAAGAGGACGUUCACGGCAGGGAGAAGCACUCCACGAUCGCCAUAGCGAACAUUCAGGAAACGGGCACCUUCACCGAUCACAAUGUCCAGUACCAGUUCCGCACAGAGAACAGUGGUGGACAGGUGACGUACCGCGUGGUCCAGCUGACGGACGACCAGAUAGAGGCGGGAGGCGAUGGGGGCGGGGCCGUCAGCGUGGUCUCUGCUGCCGCCUUCUCAGGGGCGCAAGCGGUCGCACAGGCCGUGAUCCAGAACCCCUUCAGUAACGGCGGGAGCCCCGCCGGGGACUCUGUGUCGGGGGAGACGCGGUUCUACUUCCCCGCUACCGCCGUUAGCGAUGGGACUGGCGCUGUGUCCGUACAGGCGACCGCUGAUCCCAGCCUGACUCAGGCCGGAGGCCAGCUGUACGUGAUGAUGAACACCCCUGACGUGCUGCAGACCGUAGCGCCUCGGACCAUCGCCCCCCGCACGCACCCGUACACCACGAAGCUGGAUGGGCCUCGGGUGCCAAGAGACGAUAGGAGGAGGGCACAGCACAAUGAAGUGGAGAGACGGAGAAGGGACAAGAUCAACAACUGGAUCGUCACCCUGUCCAAGAUGAUCCCCGACUGCACCAUUGACAGCACCAAGACUGGCGCAAGCAAAGGCGGGAUUCUGUCCAAGGCCUGCGACUACAUCCAGGAGCUCCGGCAGAACAACCAGCGGCUGCAGGACAGCUUCAAGGAUGUGGAGAGAGUGCAGGUGGACAACGAGCUGCUUCGACAGCAGGUACGCGUACUGCUACGGGGAGCUAGCGCUGGCUGUGGGUAAAGUGCUCUCUGUGCU